AUGGCGAUGGACAUGACUGAAAAAGAGAUCUUGAAAAUGCAAAUAGACCAGCUGAAAAAGGAAACAAAAACUGAAAGGCAAUUGAUCUCCAAGACAGCAAAGGAAGUCAUAGAAUAUAUAGAGGCCAAUUCAGCAGAAGACCCUCUCUUAAAGCCCAUCCCAGAAGACAAGAACCCAUUUAAGGAGAAGGGAGGCUGUACAAUAAGCUGA